AUGUCCAAGUUUUAUUUAUAUUUGGAUGGAGAUGCUGAUGGUGAUGAUAAGUUAACUAUUAACAAAGCCUAUGCAAAACGUUAUAACAAUUGGCGACACUUGGAGGAAUUGCAAAAAUUGAAAGAUAAGUAUGGCGAUGGUGUGGAAGAUGACGAUGAUACAAACAGUUCAUGUAGUGAAGAACCUGCUGUAUGGUCAGCAGAGCACGAGAAAGAUUUCCUUCGUACAUUGUCUGCUUUGAAAACCCAUGAUCUAAGAUUGUAUUCGGGUCAAAAGUUCUUCACCGCUGAAGAUAAAGGAACAGCGAUUGGUAACAAGUUCAAAAAAAAAGACGCUCCGAUGUUUCUGAAGGAUUACGAAAGAAAGCUUGUUCUUGAAAAAAGGGGAGAUAUCAGUGAAGAUGAGGAAGAAAAGAAGACUUCUAAGCAUGGCUAUUACGAAGAACAGGAAUUAAUAAAGCGAGAAUUAAAAGCUGUGCUUGCUAAACAAAGUGACGACAUGGAGCCACUAUUACGACAACGUAUUAAGGCAGAAGAUGAAGUGAAAAAUGAAGAAGAUCAAUAUUAUGAAUGGCUGAAGGGACAAAGAGAUGAAGAUCUGCCUGGUGUGGAAGAACUGAAAGGGCUCAAAGAAGCAUGGAAUGACACAAAUUUAGACGAAAGUGAGAAAUUUCUACGUGAUUAUUUGUUGAACAAAAAAUACGAUGUUGAAGGUGAUGAUGGUGUUCCGCUGUAUGAAGAAAUCGUGAACGUCGAGAAGGAUGAGGAGGAAUUAGAAAGAGAGAACGAGUUUGAGCGGAAGUAUAAUUUUCGAUAUGAGGAACCUGAUCAAGAUUUUAAAUUAGCUGGGGAUGAAGACCUUCCACUUAAUGUCGAUGAUUUGGAAGCGGAUUUCGAUCCUACGGCUUACGACAAGCGUAUGAAAGAGAUCUUCAGUUCUCAAUAUUAUAAAGAAAUUGUGGACGAGAAUAAAGAAAAACCCGUUUUUUCUGAUGCUUCCGAUGUCUCUACCGACGAUUCAGAUUACGACAGUUUCGAAGUGCAUAAAGAAAGAAAAGAAAAUGCUGACAACAUUACUGAGGAUUGUAACGAUGAUGAAGCGUUGGUUCCUGAAAAAAAUCAAGUUGUUUUUGGGAAUGAUGCUUCUGAAGAAAAGUCAUUUGAAGAAUAUUUCAACGAAUACUAUGCACUUGAAUAUGAGGAUAUAAUUGGUGAUGGCUUAAUAACUAAAUUUAAAUAUCGCAGUGUGCCGGCUAACGAUUUUGGAAUAACAGUUGAUGAGUUAUUAAAUGCGGACGAUCGACAACUAAACGCUUGGGCAUCAUUAAAAAAAGCUACAGCUUACCGUUCAGAAGCUGAAGAAUUGUAUGACAUCAAAGCGUACAAAAAGAAAGCACUGAACCUUCUGAAAAAAAAAGAAUUUUCAGUACUGAUUUCGGAGGAUCCAGGAAGGUAUUUCUGUUCGUUAUGGAAAAAGAACUCUAACAAAUUGGCUGACAAUGCUAGUGGUAUGGAGCACAUAUGUCAAAUGGGUAAAGCAACAGCUAAGAAAAAGAGGACAAAGAAAAGCACUCAAAACUGUCCUGACGAUGUGAAGUUGGGAGAAAGAAGUAGCGCUGUGCUACAGGAAGGAGUCCGGUUGCUGAGUCAUUUUAAAAACGCUGGUAGUCGUAAGAAUCACAGCAAAUAUGAACAGUUUAAUUCAACAGUUGACAUUAAUGAUGACAGACUUCGUGCUUAUGGCAUCAAUCCAAAGAAGUAUAAGAAUAAAUUGUUCCAUCGACAAGAAAACUUAUAA